AUGGCUUCUAACGUAGAUAUUGCAGCUCAGACACCGAUACGGUCUAAAGGUGAGUUCUCCUGCCCUUCUCAUUACGGUAAUGAGGUGACGGUUGUGUGUAAAACAUGCUCUCUACUCAUCUGUAUCACAUGUGUUUCAACAUUACAUAAAGGACAUGUCCUUGAUGAUUUAAAGGAGGCCAUCACCUCAAAGAGAAAGCUAAUCCAGAAGUAUCUAAGUCAAGAGGUAGCUGAAGAAGUUAUACGACUUAAACGAGAGAUAAGUUUGGUUCAAGAAGAAAUUCAUAUUCGUGCAAAACGUUUUAGCGAUAGAGAUGUGACGACUACUCGAAACGACGGGCAGGUUAAGGAAAGCAAUUACGUCACCAUGGUUGCCUCCAUGAAGGAAAAACAGAAGAUCUGUUCUCAACUUGAACAUACAAUUGAGAAAUGCAAGGAAGUCCUGCAAUCUGCAUCCACUAUCAUCAUUUAUGAUGCUGAUAUACCACCUUACAAACGUGUCGAUCUCCACAACAGGGAGGCUGUUGUUGGUCAAGGCGAAGGCAAGGACGCUGAGCACCAGGAUACCGGCACUGCUAUGCAAAACAAAAUGAAGCGACGAUUGAAAAUGGAUCACAAGUUCGUGGACAAGACAAAUUCUGAUUCAAUACAAACUCUGGACGAGGUUGCUGAGUUUAAGACACCGGACAAUAUAUUCGUUAUUUGUGAUAUAGCAGCGGCCUUUGACAAUACAGCUUGGGUUUGCUGCAGGAAAAGCAGGUUUGUGACACGAUUUGAUAUUGAAGGGACAGUGAUGGAGGAGACAGAAUUUGAAGAGGUGGUGAAUUGUGUGUCCGUAUCACCUACCACGGGGAAUUUAUGGACAGGGUCUUCGCGUUUUAUAUACGAGGUCUCUCCUGUGGGAACCAUAUCUUUAAGGUUCCAAGUAAACAGACCUCAAAACUGCAUUUGCGUCUUAAACAAUGGAAGCGUUGCUGUUGGGAUAUUGAACAAUGUCAGUAUUUUCACCGCUGAUGGGGAAAAAAUCCGAGUAAAAUUGUUCAAAAAUAUUGUAAACAGGAUAUCAGAAUGUCCCAAGACCAAGAAUAUUGCUGUGUUGGUUCUUGAUUCGAACGAUGCAUUUUCAAGUUCUAUUGUGAUCAUGGACAACUACCUGAUCAAACUCCGAUGUUUCAGCUUAAAACGCUCGAAUAAUGGCACAAUGCUAGCGAAAUGUGUCUCCUACGACCUAGAUGGACAUCUGGCUGUAGCUGCAAUAUGGUUCACCAAAUGUCGACAAAAUGGCUUGCUCCUGUUUGAUGGAAAUGGACGCUAUCUCCGAAUGCUAGCCAGGGAACAGUCAGAGACUGGUUGCCACCAACCCUAUACUACCGUCUGUAAGAGUGGACUAUUCUGGACUGUUUUUCACCACGCUGAAGGGGUACCUCAAAACGUUAAACUAUUCUGGUACAACACGUCAUCGUCACCCAAAAACCACAGACAAAGAGAUGUCGAAUAUUCUACUACUAAAUUAUGA